CGAUUUUCUUGCCCGUCUGUCUCUUGUUCCAAACAAAUAAACGUGUUCGGUUCGGAAUCGACGUCGUACCGCGGAAUAAAUCAGUUUUUCCCGUAGAAUUCGGGUUAUUUCCGCUGUAGUUCCACACACAUCGAGGAAAUGGAAAAGUACGCCGUCCCUAACAAACUCCCGGCCGAGGAGAUCAGCAUUUUGGCACAGCGCAAAGCCCGUAUCAAGCGCGAAACCGAUCAAUGGGUUCGGAAGCCGCUGCCGGAGAACCGCAAAAAGAAGUUCUGCAAACCUGAGCUGUUUAUUGCCGAUUACCGCAAGGCCGAGCGUGAUUCGAUGCGGAUUAAGAGGAACUUCUUGAAGACCGGUGUACAGCUGAAGGACGAUGGGAUUGAACACGGACGGUUGAUCUUGGUGUUCCGCCAUCGGGGUAAGUUCAUUUCCAACAAGGAAGUGAUGCACAUCCUGGCCAAGCUGGGUUUACCGUACAAGCGGAGGGCGGUUCUGCUGAAGCUGACCGAGGGCGUCCACGCCAUGCUGAAGAUGGUGGAACCGUGGAUUAUCUGGGGCUACCCGAACAUUGCCACGGUUCGCGAGCUGGUCUACAAAUAUGGCCUGUUCAAGCCGGAACAGGGCGAGAAGGGGCCGAAAAAGAUUCCGAUCGCGUCGAACAAACAGGUCGAGGAGAAGUUUGGCCACCUGGGGAUCAUUUGCGUGGAAGAUUUGCUGCACGAGUUGCUGACGGUGGGCAAAAAUUUCAACAAGGUGACGAAGAUUCUGCACACUUUCGAGCUGCGGUCACCGGUGGACGGAUGGAAAACGGCCCGGAAGGGAAAGCUGCGGACGUUGGGCGGCGAGGCCGGUUUUCGAGGGGAUGAAAUAAACGAGUUCUUCAAGAGGUUGCUGUGAGGCGGCACUCGCUCUUAGGUAUGUAAGUUACGGCGUUUAGUUAUUAAGACUCAUCUUCCCUUUGGUUCUGUGUAAAGUUCAAUACAAAUUCUCUUUGUAAAGCAAA